UUUUGUAUCUUUGCAAGCGCCGUUAUGAGCAGAGCGGCCAAGCGUCAUAAGUCCAAGUGAAAAGUGAGUUUGUAAAAGGACGCUAAAAAUAAUAUACAUAAAUAUAUAUAUAUAUAUAAAAUAACAAAGCAACAAACAAUAUUUAUGUAGUAUUACUCACAAGCAACUUGAGCAAUUAUUAAAGUAAAAGAAAAACUAACGCGCACGCAGUCGCAGUCGCUGUGUAGGAGGACAAUUACAACUACAACUACAACACACAACCACACAGAUAGCGACAACAACAAUAACACACAAGCAUUUCAAAAUGGCGCCAACCAAAGGUACCACUCGCGCUGCCGCCGCCGCCGCAUCUAACGCUAUAUUGCCCUUGGGCGGUGUGCGGGGGGGCAAGGGACUGACGCGAAGAGUCGCCAGCCAUAAUAACAUAAUUGAUCCAAAUGUGGAGAAUAUGCAAACGCGAGCGAAACGCAAGGCGGACAACAGUCCCAUCAAGAAUGAUAAGAUCAAGCGUUCGGCUUUGGGUAAUUUGACCAACAAUGUAAAGAUCAUGACGCUGCAUCCCAAUGGCGACCAAGAGGAGGCCAAGAAGCCGACGGCACAGCAACUGCAGGCGCUUCUGGAUGCUAAGAAUAUUGACAAUCUAAAUGUAUUAGCCAAAGUUCCCGCGCUUGCACCCGCUCCAGCUUUGGCUCCUGUUCCUGCUCCCGCUGCUGUUGCCACAACCAACAAAAUAAUGACGCGCGCCGCUUUAAAGCUGGACAAAGAGGAUCCGGUGGAGAAAUGUCACCGAGUGUUGGAUCGCAUGGAGGAGGCGCUGGCGUGUCAGAAGCGCCGACUGCCAGUGGCUCAGAAGAAACCAGCUGCUAUGCCAGCUCCAGUUCAACAGAAAUUGGCUGCACCGCCUCCGCCGCCAGCUGGAACUGCCAUAAAGCCGGUGCGUCGCAUAUCGAAUGACUUUAACAAGACUGAGGAGAGCCUAUACAUGUCCGCACUGGAGGAUGUGUCCAGCUGUGAGUCCAUGCGCUUGUCUGGCAACUUUGAGGCAGCUCGACGUCGCUCUGCCAAACUGCAAACAAAGACUGAAUCCCAGCCACAAGUGCAGAGCCAGGAGGCGCUAUUGAAGGCAUCUGCCGCUGCGAACAUGAUGACGGCUGUGAAGCCCGUGCCCAAAGAUGUGGAAGACUUUGAUUGCAAGAACUGGGAUGAUCCGUUCCAGGUGUCCCACUAUGCCAUGGAUAUAUUCAAUUAUUUGAAGUUGCGCGAACCAGAGUUUCCCAUUGACGACUAUAUGCCAAGGCAGAUACAUUUGACCACCUGGAUGCGUACACUGUUGGUCGACUGGAUGGUCGAGGUGCAGGAGACCUUUGAGCUCAAUCACGAGACACUCUAUCUGGCGGUCAAAAUCGUUGAUCUCUAUCUGUGCCGCGAGGUGAUCAACAAGGAGAAGCUGCAACUUCUGGGAGCAGCUGCCUUCUUCAUUGCCUGCAAGUAUGAUGAACGCCAGCCGCCGUUGAUUGAGGACUUUCUGUAUAUCUGCGAUGGCGCCUACAAUCAUGACGAGCUGGUCAAAAUGGAAAUGGAAACGCUGCGCAUCAUCAACUAUGAUCUGGGCAUACCGCUCUCCUAUCGCUUCUUGCGUCGCUAUGCCCGCUGUGCCAAGGUGCAGAUGCCCACAUUGACAUUGGCUCGCUACAUUCUGGAGUUGUCGCUGAUGGAUUAUGCCACAAUUGGAUUCAGCGAUUCGCAGAUGGCAUCGGCAGCUCUCUUUAUGGCACUGCGCAUGCAUGGUGGUGUUGCCAAUCUGGACUUGCAGACCUGGACAUCCACGUUGAUCUACUACACCGGCUACGAGCUGGGACAGUUUGCGGAAUUGGUGCCAGUGCUGAAUGCGGGACUUCAUCGCAAGCCGCGAUCCACCAUCAAGACGAUACGGAACAAGUACUCACAUAAGAUAUUCCAUGAGGUGGCCAAGGUGCCGCUGCUCACCAAUGCGGAGCUGUUCCAAAGCAAUCUCGAUCUAAACGAUAGCAACAGCACUUGCACUUGAUCCAUGAAUUCAUGAUCCAUGAUCAUGUGCUAUUGCAACGCCAAUUAGCCAAAUUGAUGAUGAGCAACAAAUGUUACGCUUCAUUAGACAUUAAGACGCUUCAUUUAAUUAAACCACAUUUGGACACACACACACUCACUUUAAGCAACCAAACAACAUUGUCGUCCACACUAUAAUCUAUAUUCUUAUAUUUGAUUUGAUUUCAAUUCUAAUUUUAUUUUAUACUUUUGAGUUUGCUGAUCAUAUAUGACUUUUACUAUAUAAAAUUUAUGUUUACAUCAUUUCAUUGUUUCCAUUUACGUUUAUUGUUUGCAUUUCCCACCCUCCGCAAAGCCCUCCUCACACAUUUAUAGAUAUAUAUUUAAAUGUAUGCCUAAAUAUUUAUAAUCAGAACAAACAUUAAUAAAUUUUACACAUAUUUUAAGCAAUUGCAACGCCAAACCCUUUGAUGCUGGUGGACACCAAAGCCGACAUGAAUUAUACUAUGUACGACUCAAUUAACCAUAUAUGUUUAAACAAUUCCUCGGUAGUACUAACAACAAAUUGACAAA